AUGCCAGUUCAGUCUGUCACCCCUCUUCCGUUCUUAAUAGACUUUUUGAAGUACAGCACUAAAGCAGGUCUGGACUGUAAAGAGAUAGAGAAAGCAGUUGAGCUGAUGUCCCUGGUGCCCAAACAAUGUAAUGACAUGAUGAACCUUGGACGAUUGCAGGGCUACGAGGUAAACUCAUCUCUUUUGAGGCAGUGCUGGAAAAUCACAGAAACCAAAGGGAAGUUGACAGCUCAGGGAAAGUUAUUGCAGCAGGACACGUUCUUCGUGACAGAGCAGGACUCUGGCGUGCUGUCCCGCAGUAAAGAGCGCAGAGUGUUCCUCUUUGAACAGAUCGCCAUCUUCAGCGAGCUGCUUCGGAAAGGCUCGUCAACACCAGGGUACCAGUUUAAAAAGAGCAUCAAGGUGAGCUACCUGAGCAUGGAGGAACAUGUGGAGAGCGACCCCUGUAAGUUUGUGUUGUCAUGUCGUGGCUCAUCUGAACGACUGACGCUUCAGGCCGCUAACAUCGACAUCAAGAAAGAGUGGGUCCAAAGCAUCCGAGAACUGCUGGACAUGCAGAUCAACUUCCUCACAGCUCUCCAGAACCCACAGGAGUACCAGAAGAAAGAGAGUGGAGGUUCUUUGAGCAGGCAGCUGUCCAAUAGCAGCCGUUCCUCAUCCUCUCACCCCUCCACCCCCCUCAAACCCAACACCACCCCCAAUGGAAGCCCCGCCCACAAUCCCAAUAAGCAUGUAGAGGAGGAGCUGGACGAGGGGGAGUGUAAUGGACUGUCAUCGGUGCUAGUGACGCAGGAUUACAACGCUGUGAAGGAGGACGAGAUCUGCGUGGUGGUUGGUGAGAAGGUACAGAUCCUGGCGUCCAAUCAGCAGAACAUGUGCCUGGUUUACCGACCUGCAAACAGCCAAUCGCCUGCUGCAGAGGGCUGGGUGCCGGGUCAUGUGCUCUCCUCGACCCGGUAAAAAAAGCCAAGCCCCCUCAACACCUCGGAAUAAACCACUACUCACAUUCACCAUUCAGUUUCACCAGCCUACUCUGGGAAAGCAUGCCAAGACAUGCCACUCAACCUCCUGCUAAGCUACUGUUGGUCAGUCAGAACAGGAAGUCCCGCCCCAUUCCCCUGCCGCCGUACAGUUGAGGACUUAAAAUGCACACUGCGAAAAAUGGUUAUUUCACCUCCCAUAGUCGAUAUGGGCAACAACAAAAAACUAACUACAGAAAAAAGGAAGUUCAAGAAAAUAUAUUAUAUUGCGAAUAAUUUAAAAAACGAUUGUGUUGUAUAGAGAGGAAACUUGUCAGUGAAUUACGUGUGGAUGUGUAUGGAUGUUAACGUCGUCCUUUCUCAUCAACAUGCUCCAUUACACGCAACUGGACUGUUUUUAAAUGGGGCUCUCCCUUUUUUCCCUGUCUGUCUAUGCCAAGUCAUUUGCACACUGUGUAUAUUUUCUUUUACUGAGAUUUUAUUUUUGGAAAGUUUUUUUUUUCCCCCUAAGUGUCUUAUUUUUACAGCUAUUAGGCGUGGCACAUUUAUUAUUUUCUUUCAGUUCUGUCAACCCGUUCAGUGUUCUGUCCAAAGUAUUCUGCACUUUUCCAACAAAUAGUAUCGCAAUGACGGCAAGUUGUGCAGUACCACAAUUGUCACAAUGCUCAUAACUGUACUUGUAACUAAAGAUUUAAAUGUAUUAUUCUGUAUCAUUUUAAAUUUGUACAUAAUAUUUUUGACAUUGCCAUAAUAGAUGCACAGCAGAGGAAAACAGUCCCUCUAUUCCUGUCAGGCUCUAGAGGAAAAAGAAAAACUUAAACUAAGCCCUGGUAGUCUGCACUGCCUCCAAAACCCAACCCUCUGAUAUUACAUUCGACAUAAUCUGAUUUAGUAUGUAAUAAGUUAUGAUCUGAAUCAUAUCAGAACAGAUGUUUACUCAAAUUAGUCGAUUAAAAAUGGAUGUUGUUGAUUUCUGAAGAGUAGUCAGCGUUCAAAUCUCAGAUAUACGUGUAAAUAAACGUAUAAAAAUAAUUCUAGCAGGUAUUUCACUUGUUAAACUCUGGAAUGUUGUUCAUAAUAAAGCUGACAAUUUUUCAUCUUGGAAAUUAUGUGUUCUGUAUCAU